AUGGUCUUAAAUGGUAUAUCUGUGACUGUAUACGUAGACAGACUGUGUAUACAUUAUUUUUCAUUCGUUUUUCUUCUUCAUUUGUUUCGUUUCUUUAUUGGGCAUCUUUUCGCUUAUCUUUCAUUUAUAUUCAUUCCUCUAUUUUUUUUAUUUUUUAUUUUUUUUUGCUGUUUCUUUUCAUUUAGUCCACUUUCAAUUUUCUUCUCUUUUUCCUUUCUUCCUUUCAAACUUUUCUCCUUUUCGAUUUUUAUUCAUUCUUUUUUCUAUUCAUUUUUUGUCUUGCCUUUUAAUUGCUUCAUUCUUCAUUUGAUUCCUUUUAAUACUUUUCGUUUUUCAUUCUUUAUUUUUAAUACUCGUUUUCUUUUAUUCUUUUAUUCUCAUUAUUUUAAUGACCUUUUCCUUUCUUUCUUUCCAUUCAAUCUUUUUUCUUUCUUUCUUUCUUUCUUUCUAAUAUAUUUUUCUUUCUUCCCUUUCUAUCUCUUUCUCUUAUUCAUUUAUUCUAAUAUCUUUUUUCCUCUCUUACCUUUCUCAUUCAUUCUUUCUAAUGUUCCAAUAAUAUUUUUCUUUCUUUCUUUUUUCAUUCAUUCUAAUAUCUUUUAUUCUUUCUUUCUUUUUUCAUUCCUGCUUUCUAAUGUUCGUUUUCUUUCAAUCCUGCUUCUAUUCACUAUUUCUCUUUUUUUAUUUAUUCUUUUCUAA